AUGUCCAAGCCUACAUCCGUUCAUGAUGAAGACCCGGCGGCCCUGAAGCCGGAUCAGGUGGCCCCGGGCCACGUCUCCUUGACAGACGAGGAAAACAAGCGAAUUCGUCGGAAGACGGAUCGGACGAUCCUGGUCAUUGUGGUUUGGGUCUACUUUCUGCAGAUUCUUGACAAGAGUGUGCUAGGAUACGGUGCAACAUUUGGUUUACAGGCAGAUACUGGCCUCACCGGGAACCAGUACUCCUUGGUGGGCUCUAUUGCCCCUAUAGCGCAGCUAUGUUGGCUGCCGUUUUCUUCUUAUCUCAUUGUCAAGGUACCGCCCAAGAUUCUUAUGCCGGGCAUGUGUCUUGGAUGGGGUAUCGCCCAGACCUGCAUGGCUGCAGCCCAUGACUUCGGCGGGCUCAUGGCAACUCGCUUCCUCCUGGGUCUUUUUGAGGCGGGCUGCUUGCCUCUAUUCAGCGUUCUGACCAGUCAGUGGUAUCUGCGUGCUGAGCAACCCAUUCGCGUUGCGGCGUGGUACGGGACCAACGGCAUUGCCACCAUAGUGGCUGCUGCACUGUCAUAUGGACUGGCCCACAUCAAUUCUAACGUACUCGAAUCGUGGCAGAUGCAAGUAUUCUUCCUCCGAUUCAAUGAGUGUAUUUUUCUCUUUGUUGGUUGCCUGACAAUUGCCUCGGUCCCCUUCGUCUACUGGCGCCUCGAUAACGAUAUAUCCUCUGCUCGAUUCCUGACGGAAAAAGAAAAGCUCCAAGGAAUUGAGCGCCUCCGGGCUAACCAAACAGGCACGGGAAGCAACAAGUUCAAGUUCAGUCAAGUCUUCGAAGCCGUGACGGAGCCCAAAACAUACCUGUGGAUCGGGAUGGCUCUAUUGCUCAAUAUCGGCGCCAGUGUGACGAACACCUUCGGACCGUUGAUUAUUGGUGGCCUGGGUUUCGACAAAUACAAGACGAGUCUCAUGACGAUGCCCUUUGGCGUAAUGCAAUUUAUUGCCAUUCUUCUCGGCAGUUACCUCGCCCAAACAGCGCGACUGAAGGGUGUCAUCAUUGCCAUUUUCAUGCUGCCAGUUGUCGCGGGACUGGCUCUUCUCUACGCUCUCCCGCGCAACGAUGCCAGCCAAGGCGGACUGCUUGCCGGGUACUACCUGCUGGGCUUCCUGUUUGGCGCAAACCCCUUGAUUGUGUCUUGGAUUGUUGGUAAUACUGCAGGUACCACUAAGAAGUCGGUUUCCAUGAGUUUGUACAACGCUGCAGUGUCCGCGGGCAAUAUUGUUGGUCCUUUGCUGUUCACAUCCAAAGAUGCGCCGACUUACCAUCCAGGGCUGCAAGCCUGUUUGGGCAUCUUCUGCGCCCUGAUUGUCAUCGUCCUACUUCAGUGGGUCAAUCUCUGGUUCCUCAACAAACUGCAAGCUCGUCGCCGCGUUCGAAAUGGCAAGAGCGCGAAGGUUAUCGAUUACUCCAUGCAAAGUCAUUUCCGAGGAGUGCGGGAGGACCAUGGCGAAGGCAUGACGCAUACGAGGGCUGAAGCUGCUUCGGAAGAUGUCACGGAUCGGCAGAAUGAUGAGUUUGUAUAUAUUUACUAG